CCUAGCUUUCAUUUCGCUUCAUCUCCUUCCUCUUCCCCCGCCGUCGACGACGCCAUGGGUAGAGUCAUCAGAGCUCAGCGUAAGGGUGCGGGUUCCGUCUUCAAGUCUCACACCCACCACCGCAAGGGUCCGGCCAAGUUCCGGAGUCUCGACUUCGGCGAGCGUAACGGUUACCUCAAGGGUGUCGUCACCGAGAUCAUCCACGACCCUGGCCGUGGUGCGCCACUUGCUCGUGUCGUUUUCCGACAUCCGUUCCGUUACAAGAAGCAGAAGGAGCUCUUCGUAGCGGCCGAGGGUAUGUACACUGGUCAGUUCGUGUACUGUGGUAAGAGAGCGUCUCUCGUGGUCGGAAACGUCCUCCCGCUCAGAUCUAUCCCCGAGGGAGCUGUCGUCUGCAACGUCGAACACCACGUCGGUGAUCGUGGUGUUUUCGCUAGGGCUUCCGGUGAUUACGCCAUUGUUAUUGCUCACAACCCAGAUAACGACACCACUAGAAUCAAGCUUCCGUCUGGUUCGAAGAAGAUCGUCCCGAGUGGCUGCAGGGCCAUGAUCGGGCAAGUCGCGGGUGGCGGAAGAACCGAGAAGCCUCUCCUCCAAGCGGGUAACGCCUACCACAAGUUCCGUGUCAAGAGGAACUGCUGGCCGAAGGUUCGCGGUGUGGCUAUGAACCCGGUCGAGCAUCCGCACGGAGGAGGUAACCAUCAGCACAUCGGUCACGCCAGUACGGUCAGACGCGACACUCCUCCUGGACAGAAGGUCGGUCUUAUCGCCGCCAGGAGGACCGGUCGUCUCAGAGGUCAAGCCGCCGCCACGGCUUCCAAGGCCGACAAGGCUUAGAAGAAGAUUACUGUUGUUGUCUCGGCGUUCUUGCGUGUUGAAACUCGAACUCUUCGUUCUCGAUUCAGUGCUAAUGGUUUUGAAUCCGAGUCCGAAACUGAAAUUCGGGUAUUUCAAUAUUCGAGAUCUCUAUAUGUAGAAUAGGAUUUUAAACC